GUAACACAGUCCUAUAAUAUGAUCUAUGUACUGUUCCAGAAAUGGUUAGAGGCGAUUUGUUGGGCUACUUGUUGGAUCUAAAAAGCGAGAUCAACGGAAUUACUGAAGAAAUUUGUCAACCUGAGCUUAAUUUGUUAAAUGGUGAUUACGACGGAUCAAUUUCUGAAAGUACAGAUGCGUUUCUUAACAAUUUGAACAGUUGUUUACUUGAUCUACAGAAGAAAUGUAUAUUUCUAUCUCUCAUCUUUUUGGAUAAUCCGCAACCCGCUCUACAAGAUAUAUCCUCAAGUUGCGAUGAAUUAAAAGUAUCGGCGACUACUGUUUGUGCAAUUGCGCUGAAAUGCCCAAAAUCUUGUGGUAAAACAUUGCUAAGCAGCUGGAACAGCUAUCUGAGAAAUAUUGCGCAAAAUUUGUCAAGUUUUGUUUCAUCACUGCAUAAAUCAGCGACCGAGCACGACAGCAAUUCGGUGAAGACAAGCAUUGGGAGGCUCUGCCAUGACGUAGAUGCUUUUUCCAAGUUACCCAAAAGCAACAAAAAAGCGGCGAUUAUUGCAGCUCAGAGUGGAUUGGCGUUAGUUGAGGAUGCUUUGGAGGAACUGACAGCAGAGGACUUCCCUUUACGGUCAUCGUCUGCAGCUCCCGGAGACGCAAGUGGCUCUAAUGAUAUCGCGGACUUGUUCGACUCUCUCGGCAUGAAUACACACACUGUGGAUCCAGUAAUAGAAAUGGACGGAGAUAAUGCUCACUCCGGCGCAACAGGAGGAAUGUCUUCUCUGGCAGACGAAUUCGUCAGUCUGGAGUCCAUAUUGUCGGACGUAGAGUUGCGCCAGCUGAUCCAGAAUUCAAUCGGUCUGGUUAAGACAGUGAAAGCUUGUCUGAAGAAGGCGUGCAGCGUGCUGGAUGAACCUACUGGCAGUAGUAAUACUGAGCCCACGAUGAGUAAUGAGAGAAUGGACGAGAUAAUUGAGUGUUGCAAUAAGAUGUCGCCCACAUGUGACGAGUUUGUUCUGGCACUGUACCCUCCACGAAGAGCCAGACUUCUGGAAUCGGAGGCGACUGACCUAGCGGCUGCAAUGCGGAAGCUGCUUCAGGCAGUCACUGGCGAGACAGAAGGCAGUAGUAGCUCGGAACAUCCGACUGUAUCGGAGAGUAUUAAUGUACAAGACAAGCAGAUAGAUAUUCUCCGCAAAGCGAUCGAGCACAAUUCAAAUAAACUGUCAACGUUUCUAAACGCAAGAACUCAUUGAGUUUACGAACUGACACUUACUUAUGAAUAAAUUGUUCAGAAAGUUUGAACUUAAUUCAUUUUUGAUAAGUA